UGGUUUUCCAUCAUUCCUAUACGUACAUGCUAUAUAUCUACGCAUGUCCAAAUGAACGGUCGUUCAUGUCGACAUUGUGCCUGUUUUGCGUUGAAAUCUGAAAUGUUUCUUGGCUUGAGCUGUGAUUUUAUGGAGAAUAUGAUGUAGAUAAAACCACUUUUCAGACUAACCUGAAGUCAUGCAAUGUCACACUACAUUUUUGUCUAUAUGUUGCAUUGUGUUGUGAAAUUGGGUCUCUUGGAAGACAUUUUUCGCUGUGACUAGGACAAGUUGUCUGGGGGUUGUCUUGGGUGUCUUCAUUGUCUUGGUCGUCUGUUGUCGGCAGUCGAACUUGCUCGAGGCACACCCCUGCUACGGUGCGAGUUCUACAUCGUUGCGAAAUGAUUGUGAAGCAUAAAGUACCUUGGACAAUUGAUUUCUGCAAUCUAAGGGCCAGUACUCAUCCCUUCAAACGUCCAUUUCUUCACGCUGUGCAGAGACCGUAGAAGUAACUUUCAAGAUGGAGAUGCUUAUUAUGGCUUCUGGAGGCCUAAACUCCAUUGCCUCCAGUCUGGGACACAUGGAAGGGGAUUCCUACAUCAUCUCAGACUACUGCGAAGAUGUUCUUGAGGAAAUGUUAGACAAUCUCAAACAUGAGAACAAAGUCACCAGACCUGUGCGCAUCAACAUUGCAAACUCCAAGGUCGUAGAAGCGGAUUUGCUGCACAUUCUGUCUGCUGCAAAGGACAACGUUGAAGCCUUCCAAGCCAUAGUUCGAUUAUUGGUAAACCUAUCCAUGCCGCUAGAAGUUAUCUUACCAGUUCAUCCCAACAUGACCAAAGCUGAUUGGGAACAACGUCACACCUUGCAAGAGAUGCUGCUGAAGAUCAAGAAACAUUUCAUUGAGGAGCGACCCAUUCAAGCAAUUUUGGAACAAAUGAGCACCCAGCUGGAGCAUCAUGGGUCUUACCAGAUGGACAAGGAAUCGAUGGAGUCCAUGAAUGAUUGCUUAGUACUGAUCCGUAACAUACUCCACAUUGAAGAAAACACUGGUAUGGAGACUAAUAAUGAGAUUGUCAGGCACAUGCUAAAGAACAAUAUAGGAGACAUCAUCCUCAGCAUGCUAAGCAGGGAGGAAGCGGAGAUUUGGAUUUCGGCUAUGGUACAAGUUAUCCGACUCAUGUUCCGUGAUCAGAUGUCUCAAGAUUUGGUCAAGCGAGCCGCCAACCUCUUUGAAAAAGGAACUCUGUUUGCUGCCAUGCCUCAAGACAAACAGCCAGGAGCUAAAAACCCAGAGAAGACAUCAACUGGGAAAGAUGAAGUUGAAGUCAGAUCUCCUUGGAAGACAUUGAGGGAGUCUAGCUUGCCCCUUGCAAAACAAAGCUCCUUCCCUUUGUAUAUUGACACUGCAAAUAUUCCCAGUGCGUCCAGUAGUAGCGAUUCAGGUAGUGAUUCUGGUUUGCGUGGGCAGGAGGAAUUUAGCAGUGAUUCCAAGACCACUUCUAACUCUUCAGUUGAGGAGAGUUCAAAUGAAAAGGCUGCUGAUGAUAACAGAGGGACAGUUAAACCCAGCAAUUCACCUAGUACAAGCCAAGACAGUAGUGAUGAGGUAAAAGGUCAGAGGUCAGAAACCAGUAGUUGUAGCAGUGGAAUUGAUUCUUCAGUGAGUCUAUCUCCCUCUCCGAGGGAUUUCCUGACUGACGAGUAUUCCUUGAGAGACUCACCAACAUCCUUCAACCUCAGUGAUACGGCCUCGGUCGGUUCAGGAAGUGGCAAGGAAUCACCACACAGUGUGGAUGGAUCUCCACCAUCUGGUACAACAGAAGCUGCGAGUGAGAAGAAAUCUUCUAAGAAGCUCAAGGAAUACCUGUCCAGACCAAGAGAAGGACCUCGAGGAAGUCCAGAGAGUCAAGCAUCAGAGGAGGACGACACUUGCAGCAGGACGUCUGGCAAUGGAUCAACGUUCAGUAGGACUUCAGACAAUAGUUCAUCAUCCUUUACUGGAUCAUCUGAGACAGGGUCAUCCGAGACAGGGUCAUCCUUCAGUAGCGCUAUAUCCAUGGAUGGAACUCCUAGCAGGAAAGAAUUACUCAGAAACCAGCUAUGUCAAUUUGCAGUCAAAUUUUGUCAGCAUGGUUUAAACCGAUGCAUUCUGUUAUCACAGGAUAACCUGCUGAAGUGCAUGAAUGACUGUUAUGUCUUGUGGUGUAUAUCCUACUUUCUUCCCUUCUCAUCCUUGCCUUGCAUCAGUUACAGUGAUGUCAGGUAUAACUUGUCCAGCAUGGUGGUCACGUACCUGAUGUAUGUUACCCUGAACACAUGGGAGAGUUUCACCCUCGCUGCUAAUGACGCCACUGCAGACAGUAAAUCCAACAUUCUCUUCAGGAGAUUGUAUCUCUUGGUCGCCAGUCUGAGACAGAUUCUGUCAAUGACUCGGCGAUUUAUGGAGGAAGGACUGCAAGCAGAGACAGAAAGCCUGAACAACUUUAUCAAAUGCUUGUGUCAAUUAGAGGGCCUGCGUAAGCUUUAUCUACUGCUCCUACGGAAGUUCCGACCAAAGAAUGAGUCCAUCCAGUACUUGAGGGCACUUGUCGUUGGUAAUGAUGAAUUGCUUCGCAUUAUUACCAGCAAGCAAGCUUACACCAUUGAGCAAAGAGAGAAGUUCAGUUGCGAGGAACAUGUCAAGCAGUUGGCAAGUCGCCAGGUUCUUCUGACAUACAAUGAAUUACUGAUUAAGUUCAGCAGUAACACUAAAGAAGAGAAUGAGGCUGCAUUCACCCUAAUGUAUCACACGGCUAUCGACCUACAGAAUCAUAAACUCGUCUAUCAGCUACCCAUAUUGGACACCUUUGCUGAUCUGUGGGAGCAUGGAGCUGAGGAUUGCAUCUCUCAGAGUUCCUGGGAUUUCAUGGAUCACAUCGUAGCAGUGUUUGCAAAACACAGCAUCAACAAUCCGGAUAUUCUGAUGGAACACAUCACUGAGACACCCAGCAAAAAGAGGAAACACAAGGAAGUUGAAGAUGCGUCAGAAAAUGAGUGUUCUCCUUUCAAGAAGUCACUUACUACAGAGACUGGGUUGAGCCUACCCACGAUUCUUAGCAGUAGUAGCGAAGAUGAGACAGCAGAGACUAAGCACAUCAAAGACAACAUCAACACUUGCCUCCGAGCACUCACCAUUAAAGGUUACAAACCUCAAAUCCGUGGUCUUCAGAAGCUGCUCCUGGAAACAUGCUAUGCCAAGCUGGUUGGCCCCAAGACAGAAAUCGUGGAACCAGUAGUUUGGUUGAAUCACAUUCAGAUGAAGUCAGUGCCGCUCUUUGCCUUUUCUCAAGCAGACGAGUUGGCCAUGAAUGAUCUUCAUUUUCAAGAGCUUUUACAGCGUUUAGGAAUGCACAGUGCGAAAGAUUCACAGCAUUUAUAUCCCUCUAUUCCCGCAUUUUGGACCGCCGAGAUGUGCUUCAAUGCUGCCAAGAUACUUGGAGACAUCAAUUAUGACAAACUUCAUUUUGCACUAACUUCUGAAGGCGAGUUAUCGCCUGAAUAUCUGGAGCUCUAUGUACCCAGUGUGACCUUUGAUCCCAGUAGUGAACCAAGUGAUGAUGAAAUGAGUCAGGAAGAAGACAAGCCUACCACAUCAAGGAUUUCCAAUCCUAUGGUCUCACUCCCUCAAAAUAUUUGGCUGAGUGUCGUCCAGCAGUUGAAUGCCGAGAAAGAGGCAAAAGCUUAAGUCGUCUGGAAAGAAUUUCAUUUCUACCUGCAGAGGGUGCUGUCCCUGGGCUACGUUAUGAAAUCAAUGGAGACUGGUUUGAAAUGCUUUAACCACCUUAACACAAAAUAUUCAACUGAAAUGUGUAACUUCGUUGUAUAUCUUUGUAAAUUUUUCACAAGUGUAAGCCUUCCCUAUGUGCAUAACUGAUGUGAAAAUUGUCCAUAUAUUUCACAACUUUAGUUUUUGUAAUUUCAGAGGUCCUACAAGUGAAAAUGACUGAUGGGCAAACAAUUCCUUUGUACAAGAAAGGGAUAUUUUCUUGCUUUCUUUUUGUAUGAUUUUUUUUAGGACAAUUAGAACACAAACUAUUGGAAAUUCCCAGGGUUCUAUUCUAUCGAUACUUCGGUGAGCUGAACGAACUUCAGCCAGAUUUCAAUCUACAUGUAAAGGAAAUGUUAAAAAAAUAAAGUUGGUGCAAAAAGGAGAUGGCCAAACACACUUGUUCCUAAGAAAUGUGCAGGACUGUUUGUUGGCUAUCACUACUAGCCUGGAUUAACAAAGUAGAACUCUUGGCUUUAUCUUCUGGUUGGAUCACUUGUGGCUGUUGUCAUAGCAACCAUAGGUGUGUGGCACUUUUUUUUACUCUCAAUAAGCUACUGUAUCUGGAUUCUAUGAUUUGUGUUAAAAGGUGCAUGAAAAAAACUCACAUACACGUAACUAUACUAAAUAUGAAUAAAAAAAAUGAUAUCUUGAUGUAUUCACACAUUUGAAUGUAACAUUGUCUCGUAUCGUAUCACAUCACAAUAUUUUGGUUGCAUGACUUUUGUUAGGAAAACAGUGUUGUAAAAGAAGGUGUUUUUUCUUAAAUUGUGGUUUUUUAAAAUCUCAUUGUUACAUUUCAGCGUAGGCUGCGAUUCUCAAAGCGUACAAGGUUACUGAAUUCGCGUACAAUUAUUUUCAUGUGAAUGGUUCUCUCUGUAAUGAUAAAUGAAAUACGUUAUUGGUAACCAGCAGUGUGACCAUACCCCUGAACCUGGCCCUUAAUGGUCAACUAGACGUCAGACGUUAGUCUGUCUAUAGUGAACUAUAGUUGUCACUCAAACUUGCCCGUUGCAGCUCCUUUAGUCAGUUUUGCGUGGUGCCCACGAUACGUUUUGUGCAUAGGCUACCAGGGACUUUGCUCAUUGAUUGCGCUCAUAAAACAGACUCGUUCCUGUCCCCGAAGCAUAUCAGGUAUGGGGGGACGGUCAACAAUUGUUAAGUGUCGAAUCAGUCCGAUAACAUAUGCCAUGAAGCAUGCAGAGUUGCAUUUUGUAUACAUGUACAUGCAUCACAAUUUUGUAUGUAGAACCAGACCUGUGUGAAAUACACGAGUUGUCCAAUUACAGUUAAACUUUUUGAAAACGUCA